AUGGAGACACCACGACGUCUUUGCGACUUAGUGGACCAGGACAUCGUAGUAGACGAACAGAAAGACGAUACAGCUCUACUUCUGCCCAAAACAACACCCGACGACUACGAAACAGUCCAAAGAAAAGACCGUCACAUACGUCUCAAUGUUAGCGGUAUGAUGUUUGAAACAUGGGAGAGCACUCUACACCAGUACCCCGACACACUUUUGGGAGACCACGCCAGAAGGCAGAGAUUCUACUGUCCCGAAACCGACGAAUAUUUCUUCGACCGCCACAGACCCAGUUUCGAGGCUAUCUUCCGUUUCUACCAGAGAGGACUCAAAAGGAAAUCUCAACAUCAAGAAAACAGACUGGUUCGCCCUAAAAACGUGCCUGUCGAAAUCUUCUACUUGGAGAUGAAGUUUUUCGGCUUGGGGAGUGACGUCAUCAAACAGUGUCUUGAGCAUGACUACUACAGCGAGCCAGACGAGACAGAGGUGGAGUUGCCUGAACAAGAUGUACAGCGGGCGAUUUGGCUUCUCUUUGACUUUCCUGAAAGUUCUCCGUGGGCAAAAUUUGUCGGGGUAAUUUCUAUCACGUUUAUUAUGAUCUCCAUUGCUGUUUUUUGCGCAGAAACUCUCCCAGAGUUUGCGCAAUCGGUCCCAGAAUUCUCACCCAACGGCACGAUUUCAAACCAUCUGAGCUUGCUCUACAACCAACCGCUCUUCCAAGCAGAAACGGCGUGUAUCAUCUGGUUCUGUUUCGAGCUCGUCAUCCGUUUCUACGCGUGCCCCAACAAGUGUAGAUUCUGGAAGGAUCCGCUGAACAUUUUCGACUUUCUCGCCAUCGUGCCUUACUUCGUCGACGUUGUCAUGGUCUUGGCAAACUAUCAUCCUUCGAAAACGUCCGUAAUGAUCACCUUCGUCCGAUUGCUUCGACUUUUUCGGAUUGUUCGUAUCUUCAAACUUUCUCGUCACGUGAAGGGUUUACGUGUGUUGGGGAAGUCAAUGGUCGACAGUAUCGGUCCGUUUGCACUACUGGUAUUCCUGAUCAUGAUAGCAAUGACCUUAUUCGGAAGCUGUGUCUACUUCGCAGAAUUAGAACACCCGGAAACGGACUGGGAGAGCAUUCCGGCCACCUUCUGGUGGGUCAUCAUCACGAUGACCACAGUGGGGUACGGUGACCACUUCCCACUGACCGCUGCAGGGAAACUAGUGGGCAGCGUCUGCGUGGUGUCCGGUAUCCUGACCCUAGCGCUUCCAAGUCCCGCCAUUGUCGCCAACUUUGACAAGAACAACAAGAUGUCCAAUAACGUUAUAUCAGAGGAGAUAUUGGAGAAAAGG